AUGGCCGUCAUGCCCGCUCCGUCCACAGUUACACCUAGUGCAUCAUCCGAAUCUGUCAAGACAGUCAAACAAACGUCAUCCCCAUCUUUUAUCCACAAGCUCUAUGCCAUGCUUGAGGAGCCUGAAAUGGACGAGUUAAUAUGGUGGCAUGAAAACCAGACUAAUUUCUUUGUGAGACCAUGUGAAGAGUUUACUAAGAAUCUUUCCAAGUAUUUCAAACAUGCUAACGUGGCAUCAUUCAUUAGACAAUUGAACAUGUAUGGCUUCCACAAAGUUGAUAAUAGUAACAGUCAUCACAAUAAUAACAAUUCCAGCAAUGUCAAUGAUCAUAAUAAUUCCAACAACACUAAUGAUUCUAAUAACUCGAGUAAUGCCAAUACUGUUAAAAAGUCGAGUGGACCUAAUGAGUCUAAUGAGUCUAAUGCAGCUGAUAACCCCAACAUGAAAGAUAAUGGUAACGAAAACACUAGUAACACUAAUCCAAACAUUGGAUCUGUUAAUGCCGAAAAGGAUAACAAGGAUGAAAAACCUACAGGUGACAAGGAUGCGGGUAAUUCUAGUCGCAACUUAGAUAACAACCAUGGACAGAUAUGGGAGUUUAAACAUAACUCUGGAGUGUUUCGAAAGGGAAAUGUUGAGGGCUUGAAUAGCAUUAAAAGGAGAUCCUUCAAAAAUACCCCUGACAAAGAAUCUAAAUUAGUUUAUGAUAUACCGCCUGUACCCUAUUCCACUACACUCCAUAAUGGUGCGACUAACAUUGCGGUGACAAAUUCGCAUAUUGCUGGUUCGUCUACUCCUGAAAACUAUCAUCAUAUUCAGCAGCUUUUGUUGCAGCAGCAGCAGCAACAGCAGCAACAGCAGCAACAAAAUCAACAAAAUCAACAUUUUAAUAGAUUGUCAUUUGAUCAAAAUAAUCAAAGAAGCUCUAUACCUGGACAAUACGAGUUUUCUGAGGAUCGCAGUACAAUACUUUUCCAAGCUCAAAUUAGUCAGUUGGAACACGAUAGAAAUUCUUUGUUUAAUCAUAUAAAGGAUCUGCAAGCUUGGAACCACACUCUGCAAAUCAAAUUUAAUGAAAUGGCUAUAAAAAUGGAAGAGAUCCAAAAAGUCAAUGAUAUUUACAGAGAAGAACUAGCUCAUAUUAACUACGAUUUUGUUACGACAUUGGAUGCGAUUAGAGACUCUUGUAAGAACCAAGGUGUUCUUGAUAAUGUUCGCUCAAAGACGCUACAAAGAAGUGCCUAUAGAGAUAUGACCUUUAAAAACUUAGCAUAUCAGUACCAGGGACCCGUCCAGGUACAAGGUAUGCAAAAUGUUUCUAACAUUCCUAAUCCUGUUCCAGCUGGUCCUGUUUCUCACAUAAGAAAUGGAAGUUAUUCGACCUUAGCUAAUCGAAAUUCUUCUACUGCAUCCGUUUCAUCGAACCCUUAUUUUACUGCUCUAAAAAGACCAUCAACUUCUACCAGCGGACUAGGUAAUUCAAAUACAAAUGUCAAUGCCAAUGUAAACGCUAGUACUACUCCAAAUGUUAACACAAGCACAAUUUCUGGGAAUACUAAUCCGCCUCCACCAGGGAGUAUUCCUCAAGGUUCUGAGACUCCUUUCCAGAGAGAUAUUAGAUAUUCUGUUUCCACAUCCUCAGGAAGGACAAGAAAUCCUUCAAUUUAUGACCCUCUCCAGCCGUUGCCAGUACAGGCAAGCUUUUAUCCUGUUGACAUAAAUUCCUUAAGUAGACAACAUUCGUUAUCACAGGUUUAUGUUACACAUAGAAAAGAAGAGCUGGACGAUAAAAAGGAUGUGAAAAAACAAAAGCAUUGA